CGCUGCUCUUCGCAGAAGGCAACACCAUUGUUGUUAGUAACUACAAACGUGGUGUGCGCGCGGCAAUUCGAUUACAACUUCAGCAGCGUCGUUCGAUUGCGCGACAACGAUGGCCGCGACAACUCAUCUGACUAUAGAGUUCGGGGGUGGGGCGGAAUUGCUGUUCGACAAGAAGAAGAGGCACGAGGUCGACUUACCUGGCGUCGAGUGGACCUUGGGACAAUUGCUAGUCUGGCUGCGAGAUAACCUCCUCACUGAGCGGCCGGAACUCUUCAUGCAGGGCGAUACGGUGAGGCCGGGUAUUCUGGUUCUGGUAAACGACGCCGACUGGGAAUUGCUGGGCGAAGGCGAUUAUAAGCUGUGCCCGCGGGACAGAGUGCUCUUUAUUUCGACGUUGCACGGUGGAUAGACGCGUUCUCGACACUGAAGAUCGACAGACUGAAGAUCGAUAGAGAGUAAGCGGAGAUUUCAGAACAUCGCAGAAUUUCAUUCGGCGAGUACAGAAAACUAUAUAUUUUAUUAAAGAAUAAAGAGUACUUCCUUACAAGA